CACCUUUUACAUCACCAUUGCAUUCUCGAUACCUCCAGACAAUCAAUUCGGGAUAUAAGCGCACUACACACCAUCAAACAACGCAGGCACAGCUCCUUGAACCAUCACCAUCACCAUCACUUUCAACUUCAUUCCAUCCACGGCAAUGGCGCGCACCAAGCAGACCGCACGCAAAGCGACUGGCGGACGAGCUCCUCGAAGGGGUCUUGGUAAUCCAGGCAUCAUUAGCAAUGGCACCAAUGGCGCCGUCGAGAACCCAGAGCUCGACAAUGACGAUGCAAAGAGGCUGAAGGAGAUCGAGGAAGGAGACAUGAAGGCGGAGCUCAAGCACAUCGAUAAGAAGCACACCGAGCAGGGACAAGCAUACUUCGCCGAGACUGUCGACGAAGAGAUCCCAGAUCAAGUCAACUGGUGGAGCAAGUUUGCACUCUGUCUCGUCCGUCACAUGGACAGGUCGAACAAGCAAGUCCAGCGCAUCAGCCUGCAGAUCAACUCUCAGCACCUCAAGGACAUCCUCAAAGAGACUAUCAACGACUUUCCCGGAGUGUCCUUCCAGACCAAGGACAUCACCAUCGAUGCUCCGUACCGUGUUCUGUACCACUACAAGGAUGAGCUCGAGAAGGUUGCCGAGAGCCUGGAGGAUGAGGAAGCGUCUGAGCAUCUGGAGCUGCUGCUCAACUUCAUCGAUGAGCAAUUCAAGGACACCAUCGAGGAAGCGCAAAAUCUCAAGGACCAAGGCCUGAUGUCAUACGAGCACCUUUGGAGCAUCUUCCGCCCUGGCUCCAUCAUCUACGCUCCAGUCUACGGACAACCACGUGCAUUCACUCUGACCAACUACGCAUACAGCUGUGACCCGCCGGGCUUGCAGCUUUCUCUCAAGUUCGUGGACUUCGACGGAGAAGAUUUCGGCACACGCAGCACGAUCAAGCUGGUGCCAGCAUUCUCCGGCGCUCAGCCCAUUAGCGGAUUUGCCGCCUUGCCUAUUGAGUAUCACACAGACUCUCACGCACUUCAUGCUAAGCUUGUCGACCGUGGCCGGCGCAUGGAGCAGCAUGCUGGGAUGCACUUCCGCUCCUACACCGGCAUCGCCUUAGAACAGACUCCGUGUGGCAUGGAUCGGUACAGUAUCGAUGGCCGUAUUGUCGUGGACACCAAGACUUUCCACCGUCUUAAUGCAAACUACGCAUUCAAUACCCAACCAUUCCCUUCCUCGAACCGCAAAGCCAAGAAUGGAGACGGCCUCUUCGACGAUGAGAACGAUGAGUACCUCGACCUCGCUCCUCUCACCGACGAACAAUGUCUCCUCGCCAACGCCACCGUCCGCGGCUUCAGCUUCACUGAGAAACGCUGGUUUGACUUCUUCGUCGACAAGCUUGCCCCUGCCGGCUGGGUCCAAGACUCCUUCUCGCAACUCGUCCUCCCCUCCGCACAGAAAGAUCUCGUCCAAGCCCUGGUCGCCAACCACACCCAACAGACCCACGAAUUCGACGACAUCGUCAAAGGCAAAGGCAAAGGCCUUAUCAUGGUCCUCCACGGCCCACCUGGCGUCGGCAAAACCCUCACCGCCGAAACCGUCGCCGAGUUCUGCAAGCGCCCGCUCUACAUGGUCUCUUCCGGCGACCUCGGCACCGACGUCUCCACCCUCGACGACCGUCUUUCCCGCAUCCUCGACAUGGCGUCCACCUGGCGCGCCGUGCUACUCAUCGACGAAGCGGACGUAUUCCUCGAACGCCGCUCUCUGCACGAUAUGCAGCGCAACGGCCUCGUGUCCAUCUUUCUCCGCGUGCUGGAAUACUACGAGGGCAUCCUCUUCCUGACCUCCAACCGCGUGGCCACAUUCGACGAUGCGUUCAAGUCCCGCAUCCACGUUCCGCUGAAAUACAACAAUCUGACGGUCGAGUCGCGGGAGAAGAUCUGGAGGAACUUCUUGGGUAAGAUGGAGGAUGUGGAGAAGGCGGAGGUGAGUGAUGAGGAGGUGAGGAAGUUGGCGCAGGCGGAUAUCAAUGGCAGGCAGAUCAAGAAUGUGAUUCGCACGGCCAAGUCGUUGGCGGAGUUUAGGGGGGUGAAGGUGGAUUUGGGGUUGUUGGAGCAGGUUGUGGGGAUUCAGAUGGAGUUUGAGGAGCAGCUUGUUGGUGAGGAGAAGGGGGAGGAGGGGAAGGUGGUUGUUAAUGGUCGGUAA